AUGGCCAAUGACAACGAGGUUGAAGAUUUUUUGAAUCGUUCACUCACAAUUGUUGAGGAGUUUGAACAAGGAUAUGAUGUAACGCGAAAGAUAGAAACGUUGGCUCUUCCUGCUAAAACGGACGCUGAUAUUUUAGAAGUUUAUCGCGUUGUUAGGGACACUUGCUCACAAUCACCUAUUACAAACUCAUUCAUCACAACACCUAGACAAAGAUCUCGGGCUAUCCGUAUCCCCAAAUUGGAUCUUGACCAGCUCAAUGGUAGCCGAUCUCAAGUAGAGCAAUCCACUUCUCAUCUCUCCUGUUGCCAUUCGCCCAGCCACGCUACAUCGAGUGUUUCAAUAGCUGAUUUCAUUUAUUUGAUGAUCUUCAUACUCUUUAUCUCUGCUUUGAUUUUUCUAUUCUAUCCUCCGCAUCGAUAUUGUGGUCCUGUAUAA